AUGCACAAAGGUUAUGGAGAUACACUUAAGCCAGCGAUGAAGCUGAUACAUAAGAGCAGCUGGAAAUGUGCUGGAGAAUCUAAAGAUUCCAUACAACCUCCCAUACCACCCACAUCCACCCCAUCCUCCACACCAUCCACCAUACCACCCACAUUCACACCAUCCACCAUACCACCCCAUCCUCCAUACCACCCACAUCCACACCAUCCACCAUACUACCCCAUUCUCCAUACCACCCACAUCUACCCCAUCCUCCACACCAUCCACCAUACCACCCACAUUCACACCAUCCACCAUACCACCCCAUCCUCCAUACCACCCACAUCCACACCAUCCACCAUACCACCCCAUUCUCCAUACCACCCAUCCUCCAUACCACCCACAUCCACCCCAUCCACCAUACCACCCAUCCUCCAUACCACCCACAUCCACAUCAUCCACCAUACCACCCCAUUCUCCAUACCACCCACAUCCACCCCAUCCACCAUACCACCCAUUCUCCAUACCACCCACAUCUACCCCAUCCUCCACACCAUCCACCAUACCACCCACAUUCACACCAUCCACCAUACCACCCCAUCCUCCAUACCACCCACAUCCACACCAUCCACCAUACCACCCAUCCUCCAUACCACCCACAUCCACCCCAUCCACCAUACCACCCAUCCUCCAUACCACCCACAUCCACAUCAUCCGCCAUACCACCCCAUCCUCCAUACCACCCACAUCCACCCCAUCCUCCAUACCACCCCAUCCUCCAUACCACCCACAUCCACACCAUCCUGUAUACCGCCCCGUUAUCCAUAUUGCCCCAUCCUCUAUACCACCCCAUCCACCCCAUCCUCCAUACCACCCCAUCCACCCUAUCCUGUAUAUCACCCUGCCACCUCCAUCCAUCCCAUCCACACCAUUCUAUAUACUGCCCCUGUCCACCCCCCAGGGGGUGAUAGGGACUUUGGUUACAAUAUACACAUAGUUAAAUAA